ACACAUGUUUCACUGACGUCAAUGGUAGCCAUUUUGUUUAACCGCUAGCUUGUGUGAAAUCAACAAUAGAAAUUACUGAAACCCCUACAUUAUAUCUUCUAUUAAUAACUUAAAUUUAGGUUUUAUAAUUAUGGCUACAGAUGACCGAACUUCUGCAUGUGAAACUGUAAGGGAAGAGGAUGAAGAAAAUUCACAAGAAGUAAGAAUAAAUGAACAUUGUUAAUGUGUCAGGAAUUGUUAUUGUUGGGCACGAAAAUGUAGCAGAUGACCUGAUGCCUGAUCAGUUUUCAGCGAUUCAGAUCAAGUUGUGAUCAGUUCAGUGAUCAGGAUUAUUUAAGUUAAGCAGCCCUUACUUUACCCUAUUUUAUUUUAUGAAAUGAUUGGCCUUCCAAAAAUUGUAAGAGUAGUCUAGGAAGUAUAGACUAUAGAAUUCUGUAAACCUAGAAUUCAAAUAUACUGAUACUUUUCUUAGCCUACAAACAUUUAAUUUAAAUAUUUGCAAUUUAAUUGGUUUACAUUUUUAUAUUUUUUUUAGCUGCUAAAUAUUAAUUAUGGUAAUGAAUUAAGGAUAAAUACAUCCAUAAAUUGUGACAAAUGAAUUAGGUUUAAAUAAAAAAAUAUAAUAUAAUAUUAGGCAGGCAGUGUCUACACGUCCGACACUAUUUGUCGGGCGACCAAGUCACAUGACCGCCCGGAAGAAUACUUUAUCGAAAUAUUCGUCCGGCCGACCAAGUCUCAUGACGGCCUUAACAAAGUGGCGCGAUAUAUUUGUCCGUCAGCCUGGUCACUUAAUCGCGAAUGAUUCAAAACUAUUGUUAAAUUUAAAAUCUAUUUCUCUACCAAGUAAUUUACUGAGUAUCUUGAAGACAAAUAAUAGGAAAAAAUACUUGGGGUAUAUUGCCAAAAGAAAUUGGGGGUUAAGCAAUAAUAAUGCAUUCUAGAAGGAAGCAAUGCUGAGAGGGAGAGAGAAUUACGGUAAUAAAAAAUAUGAAUGCUAAAAAAAAUUAUAAUAAUGAAAUGAUGGUGAUAAAUAAUUAAGUUUAAGGCGGGGAGGCCAAUAGUUCACAAAGAAAUAGACCCUACAUUGGAAAAAAUACUUGGAUAUAUUACCAAAACAAAGUGGGGGUUAAGCAAUGAUGCAUUCUAGAAAGAAGCAAUGCUGAGAGGGAGAGAGAAUUACGGUAAUAAAAAAUACAAAUGCUAAAAAAAUAAUAAUGAGGGUGAUAAAUAAUUGAGUUUAAGGCGGGGAGGCCGAUAGUUCACAAAGAAAUAGACCCUACAUCUUAAUAUAGGGCCGAUAUAGGGGUAGCCUAGUCUACUUCGCAUGCAAUACUAUCACUAAAUACUAAUACUGAAAUACAACGUUAUUGAAAUAGGUCAAUUGAAGUCUACGUCUACUGGUCUUAUUUUAUUUGGUUCAUAUUUUAAAUUUAGGCUUGAAGGUAGAGCUUUACAAGAUGUUUAACCAAGAUAAGGGACUUUUUUCUUUGAAAAGUCAGAAUUAAAUAGAAUAGUAAUAGUAGUAGUAGUAGUAAUAUUACUACUAGUGUAGUAUUACUACUACUAGUUAGUAUAUAGGCCGACUAGUUUAAUAUUCAAAGUCAAAUACUAUACAUAUUUCAGAGCAUUUGAAUAUAUUAACAUGUUCAGCAUUUAUUUAUUGUCUAGGGAUCGGCUGACUAAUAUAUGUACACAAUAUGGGAAUAUUAAAUGCAAUACAACUAUUUUUCCGGCGACCACUUGUCACAUGACCUGCCGCAAUAAUUUCGUACAGCGGUCACGUGACAAGCCCGCCGGACGUAUAUCUCCUGCACUAUUUGUCCGGCGCGCCGGACGUGUAGACACUUAAUUAAUAUUAAUGGCAAACAACAAGCAACAACAAAAAAAUUACUCCCCCACCCCAUCCUCACUCCAGGACGCUUUUAGUCACAAUCAUACAUGAGAAAUGAGGUAAUGAUUUUUUUUGUGUAUUUGGAGUCUCUGUAAAGGGUUUUGACUCUCAUCGUGUUGGCGAGUGUACGUUAUAACCUGUCUUAUAUUUAGAGAGAACAUACAUUUAAAACUGAGCAUUUUUCAUAUGUAUUUUUUCAAAGGAUAAAAAACAUGUGGAGCAAAGAGAAGAAGAAAAGCUGAAGUCAAAAUAUCCAAAUCUUGCCAAAGGUGGAGGAGGGUCAGCUCUUUUAAACAAAAGACUACAGAAGGGAGGAGUAAGUGACUAUAAUCUAAUUUAGUUUAUACAUUAUGUUGUUAAAUUACUUGCCAUUAGAAAGUCCAUAUUCUGGCCUGUCGCUCAGGAAAGAGGAACAUAUUACAUUUAUGAUAAAUAAUAGAACAAAGCUUUAGUUGUGUCUGUAUUUUAUUUUUGUACCAAAACCGCUAACUGCCAGUCUAAUUUAUUUAAUUGUAAUGUGACUUCCAUCAUCUUUAGCAAUGGUGCCCCACCACAGCCUUCCAUUCCGAUCAAUCCAUGGCUUUCAGCCUCCAUACACAGACCCCCAGAUGUUGCCUUUCCCUACAUUGUUGAUCCAUCUCAGUCUUGGUCGACAGAUGAGCAGUCUGCAUCAAUUUGUCACUGAGGCAGGCCAAAACUCCUGUUCUGCGUAGACUUGAAACAUUCCAAAAAAUCAUGUCCUUGUUCAGGCAUAGGUUGAAAUCAAAUCCAAAAAAAUAUCAGUGCAUUUUUUAGUUUGUGAUUUAGCUUUCGUAACAUUGGAUUUUUUAUGUGAAAGGAUUGUCACCCCUGUGCUCAACCGUCGGGGGGAUGCCCCUUGCAGCUCAAAGGCUAGCUACCUUUGUAUUUGGUCGUCCCUAGCCUUUGUGGAUCCCUCCACUUCCUAUGAGGCAGUAGGUUUUUAUUUUGGUCCACUCCUUGUAUUUUCUUUCCUCUGUAUCCGUCAUAUCUGGUGGGCUUUCCCCUAUCCGCCUCCUGGGGAGAUGUACAAUGGAAGAUCAUUAUCUCCACACAAGUAAUGGGACUCCCAUGGCUGAUAAUGCCACAUUCUGAUUAACUGGUACCAGACAUGUGUUAGGCCAGGCUGACAGCAGCUGUUGUGAAAAGGCAUGUACAAAGUAUUUUUGUACAAGUUUUAUGGUGGCUUCAAUCAUUAUUUUAUACAAUUAUAAGGAUUUCCGUGUUGAUUUGUUGAAAGGUUAGCUUUUGAGGUAACCCAUCCUUUUCAUGUCAGUGAACUCAGGACCAUGUCAGAUGCAUUAUAAAAAUGUGUUCCUUAAGCAGUAAAUUCCAAUUAUUUUUUCUUCUUUUUUUUUAUAUAAAGUAUUGUAAAACAAAUCUGAAGGAAUUAAAUUCCAGCCAGGGGUGCCACUUUUCCGCAUUAUUCCGGAUUUGUGAGGCUACAUAUUUUUCAGGCCGGAUUCACAAGAUUUUAUCCUCUCUCUCUCCGGAUUCACCAGUUCAGUUUAUUAAAAUGUUGAUUUGGGCUUAAAAAAAUCGUGUAAGAACGCAUGAAAGCCUGUUCCAGGGAGUGCGGAUAAAUAGAACAGUUACUGCAACCUCUCGCUUUCGUUUGUAAUCAUUGCACCAGAAAUUAUUUCUACAGUGUGAAUUUAUGAGUGUUGUAAAGUUUCAGGGGUUGAAAAUUUUGUAAAUUAAGUUUCAGGUUUCAAGAAAUUUUUUGAAAGGGCUUUCAGGGUUCACAGCAUUCAGUGAGUGGCACCUCUGAUUCAAGCUCAAAAUAUUAGUUAUUGGUAGAAAAAUUAGUCAUUUAUUGGCUAUUAGUAUUAGUAAUUAGCAUUUACAUUUUUUUAGCCUAGUUAUCAUGUUUUAGUAAAUGAUAGCACCAGAAAUGAUCUGAGUGUUCUGUUUAUUGACUGAUUGUCAUUAGGGAAAGUUGUUGCAUAUUUAUGUCUCCAUUUUCUCUUCCUGUAAUUGUAAUCCAGCAACCUAUUUCUAGAGAUUCAUGAUCACAUCACUCUAAUGAUCAUCUGAUGUCUGCGUCUUUUGCUUUUGUUUUUUUUUACUAUUAAAAGCAUUGCAAGAUGUUCGUUGUAUGAAAGUAUUGUAUGCAAAUACUUGGAAGUUUUGGGUGUACAAAACUUUGUAUCUGACACCUCCAAGCUUAGAAUGUAUCUGACACCUCCAAGCUUAGAAUCACAGUAAGAAAAUCAGAUUUAAAUGAGUCUUUCUGCUCAUACCUUAAUAUAUAAUUCUAAAGGCUUGUUGCUAGCUAAGUAAGUAAUGUGCUUCCUUUUUCCCUUCUUUCCAAUGCCCAGUAAUUCAAGGUAAAACUAAAAUCCAAGUUUGCCCAAUCUUCUCAUAAAUUCUUAUUCGCCCCCAUUAGAAAAUCUUAAUCAUUUUCUUUGUUUUUGAAAUGUAACUAUUUCAAGUAUAUUUUGUAAAUUCCAGACUUAAAUUUUAGAAUGUAAUGUUAAAAUUGUUAAAACAUCAAACAGGAAAUUUUAAUAUUAAUGCAUUUCUUUUUUUUCUUUUUUUUAAAGCAAAAGUACUUUGAUUCUGGAGAUUAUGCCAUGGCCAAAGCUAAGCUUAGUGCAAAAUCAAAACCUACUCCGCCGCCUGAGAAAAUUAUCAAGGCAGAAGCUGUUGGAGAAACUAUUCCCACCCCAGAGAAUAUCCAAGCAAGGAAACCAUCGCUUGUCACAAGCAAGCUUGCUUCUGGAGAAUUAAUAUGAACUAGAGCACUGGACAGAAACAAUGACAUACAAUGAGAAAAUAAAUUGAUCUUCAUCAAGGAUUGUUCUGAAGAUCCUUAAGACAUGGUUUGUUUUUCUCAAAAUAACACAUAACAUUGCUCCAGACUUUAAAUUGAAAGUUAUGAUGUUAAACUUGGAAGUAUUUCUCUCAAUCACAGGUGACUUAAAUCCUCUGUUUGUCUUUUUGUGUAGACAAAUAAAGAAUAAUGAUUCAAAGUUUAGAUUAAAAUUUGAGAAAGAGUGAAUUUGUAAACAGAAAAAUUUUGACAAACAUUUUAAUGACAGAUAUUGUUAUUUUUUAAAUAUCAUACUAAAUUCAUUCAAAAAGGCUUUCAUCCGUACCAAAAUUGUGUUUUAUUAAUGGUAGCUAAUAGUUUUUUUUUAAUUUUUUAAAAUUAUUUCUUAGAGAGCUAUCCUAAGCUCCUCAUUUUGUUUGAUAUUUUAAAAAGAUUAUAUGAAUAGUCUUAAUUUAGUUUAAAUUAAAGUUGUCUCUUAUAGCGUAAGAGUUAUUCAGUAUAUGCAAUACAGUAACUCCAGAGUUUGAGGAAUAUUACAUUCUCCCAUGCUUUAGACAUCCUAAUAAAUUAAGAGUUAUAAAAAUAUUUGAACUCUUUGGAAAUAUCUUAGAAAAUUCUUUAUUUUAUAAAUUUAAGUUAUUUUUGUGUCUUUGAGGAUGAUACUGUAACAUUGUUACAUUAAUUUUAUCAGCAUCUGAAAGAGUUUGGGAGACACCAACAAAAUAAUAUCAAUUUAAUUGCAAUGUGGAUAACCUAUAAUGUUAAAAUAAAUGAUUCUUUCAAUUUGCAGCAGAUAUUGAAAAGUUAUACUUUGUGUGUGUUUUUUUUUGGUGGUAAUGCCAGUUUAGCUUGGUAUCUUUUUUAAAAAUAAUCAACAUUAAAUCACUUGUUCCACGCUUAGACUAUCUGCAAAAUUAGCUAAGGUUUAAGUAUAUACUAAUUACUUGUAAGAGUAAGAGCAUACCGUAGUAAUUGUUUAUCAAAGAUGAAAAUGUUUACAUUAUUAAAGCACCUGUAAAGCUAGUAUUUUAAGACACUGGUAUGGACUUAAAUAUUUCAUAUUAGUUGUGGUAAGCAAAAUAUAUUUAAAAUGUCCCCUGAUUCUCAAUACAAAAUAAGCUGAAGUUUCAAAUGUAGAAAACUAAUUUCUAUACUUGAAAACAUGGUUACGUAUUUAUAAAUUGCACAGUAAUUCUUUAAUAUUGGACAUAGGGCUUUUUGUAAUCAGUCUUUCAGAGAGAAAUUUUCAGUGAUGUUGAUUGAACCAUUGAGACAUCACACUGUUCAUUUCAACAGCACACUUAUAUUGGGCUCAAAGGUUUUUCCUCUGGCUUAAUACGAUUUUUUAACUGAAUUUAUUUGUAUUUUUCUAAUAAGUACUAUCUAUAAUAUCUAGUGAUACAUAGAAAAAUACAGUGAUAAACUUCUGUUGUUUAAUUUUUAGUAUUACCCCCCUAAAUGUUGUUAAAAUGCUUUGUUAUAUAAUGUUUAUUUAAGUGGUGUUCUGACACUAUGGUUUAGACAAGAAAACACUGGGAUUUGAUGUCAAUAAUUUUCAUUUCCCAGUUUUAUUUAAGUAUGGACUAGAGAGUAGAAAUGCUAUUACGAAUAUUCUUGAUGUUAGAAAUGUUUAAUUUGAUUCCCAGGGCUUUUGUUCUGUUCUGUUUUUUUUUUUUUAUUUCAUAUCUAAAAAUGUAACUUUGAUAUUAGUAUUAGUAGUCUAGUGCUUUAACAGACUAUUGCUUCAAAUUGUAUUUUGGACACUGAAAAAAAAAAGAGUGUCAUAGAUCUAUGAACAGUUACUCUGUUAUUUAACUCAAAGGAAUGGUAUGUGAGAUUUAAACUGACUACCAGUACAACAACUUUUGAAUAUGUCAUCAGAACAAGGCUGCAUCUGAACAAAAAUCUCCUAGGGUUAUUUUGGCUUAAAUUAGUGGUUCGUAGGUUUGCUAAGGAGGUCAAAUAGUGUGUAUCUAAGAGCAAUGUAAACUCAUCACACACAGCAUUCCAUCACCUCAUUGUUGGUAUUACAACAGUCAGUACUCAUUUGAAUGAAAUCUGAAGAACUAGUCAGCUAAAUGUCCAUCUCAUAAUCAGUAGCCAUCGUGUCACUGUGUUAAGGUCUAUCACAACUUAUUUUAUGUUUAAAAAUUCAUUGCAAAUUUUAAUGAAAUAAUUUUUCACAAAAGAUUUGCCUAUAUCAAGAAAAAGUAUAUGCUGGCUUAAAAUGUCAUGUUAGAAUGUUUUAAAAAACUUUUGAUACAUAUCUGUUCUAAUUAUUUAAAGCACCACUCAUCUGUUCAUUGAAAUUUAAAGCUAUCAGUAUGGGAAAGCAGCUUAAAAAAAAUGUGACCGUAAUAACUUUUAUUUUUCAAAUCACUCUUUCUCUGUGUAUCACUUUGACACCAUUCACUCAACAAUCUAUAUUUCUAAUGUUAAAUGUGACAAUUUCUUGAGUAAGUUUAGCUUUGUACUCCCCCUACCCCCACCCCCUUCACUGAUUUCAUGUGUACAUAAUUCCAUUCAAUCAGCAGGGACAUCUCACCACUGUCAUCCAUUUUGAUAUCGUAUUGUGCCUCAGUGCAGGUUGUUUUUUGCCAUGAACCAUGAGUCUGCAAGUAGCUGGUGGCAUCCUAAUGUUUGGUCUAAUUCAUUGAAUUCUUGAUUUAAGAAAAACAAAAAUGUCCUAUAAAAAAAAACCCCAAGUGCUUGACACUUUGAGCCCUUGAAACCAAUUGAUGUCAGGACACUUGCGCACUGCCUAAUUGAUGGUAUUGUCAUUUCUCUGUAUAUGUACAACUGGAGUAUUGCUGUAUGUUUGUUAUCAAUGUGACCCACCAUUAUGGGCAUGGCGCUCAUUUGCUUUAUGAAAGGGGGAACAGAAGACACUAUUGUUAUCCAGUGAACAAAGCAAAUGGUGGCGACAACAACAAAGUUAAUAUAAAAUUUAAAUGAUAACUUC